CAUAGACAUUCGAAGUAGAUCGGUCGAUCGUUGAGAGUCGAAUUCGUCGCUACGUGACAUAAGCUACUCCCUUAAGGGCCGACUGAAGCUUUUAGUGAUAUAAUAUUCUAAUCGAAAUGUGUGUAGGCAGGAGUCCUAGUGCUACCGUUUGCGACGUUACCGGCAAAGUGUCCAAUCACAGUGUCCACAAGAAACAACCGAAGAUCGUUAAUGAAAAUGGUGAUAAAUUGCAGUACAAGGAAGAUCUUCUAGCUGUGGCCACUUACUAUACCAAAGUUUGUUUUGAUAUCGUCGGGGAACUGCACAAGGCUUUCUUAAAAUCCACAUUUUUCAAGAUCCUAUUCCACACCACACAACCAGCACAUCUAAUCACAGCCUUCUCAGUUCUAUGCGUGGCAUAUUUAAUGUUACCAAGCAAAAGUUAUAGUCAAAUUUCACCGAUAUGGACUUUAGUGUAUCUAGGGUCGUUUAGUGCUCACUUCGGAGCUCAAAUCUGGAUGACGUUCGUAUCGGGACUAGCGUUAUAUUUCACGUUACCCAGACACAUCUUCGGGAACGUCCAGAGGGUCCUCUUUCCAAAGUACUUCUUGAUCAACGCCACUCUGAGCUUGAUCACCCUCGCUAUAUUCUUACGGACAAACAACAGCAAUUUGAGAACUGCGGAGAUUGCUAUUCAGGCCUCUGGCAUGACGAUUUGCUUCUUGGUUGAAUUGGUCAUCCGCCUUUACCUUACCCCUCCUCUUUUGGCUUUGAUGGUUGAGAAAAAUACCAUAGAAAAGAGAGCUGGUGUCGGUAUGGAAAUAGGGAAAUUAAAUCCAGGGAAAUUGUUGAACUGUCCGCAUUACCUGCAAGUUCACAAACAGUUCAGGAAAGUUCACAUGUCCAUCGCUAUUUUAAAUAUUGUCACAAUGGCGUGUACCAUGUUACAUUUAUAUUACUUGUCGCAUAAACUGUGCGCUUUGUAAUUUAUUUAUUUAUUUAUUUAUUUUCUUGUUUCGAAAUAUUAGGUUUAAUUUAUUUUUUUAAUUUAUAUUAAAUCAGUAUUAUUAGUGAUUUUGUACUAAAUACACAAUGUUCCUUUUCUACAAAAGUAAAAGACAAAUUCGCUGGAAAUAUAUUUAAUUUUUUAUAA